AAACGAUGGACGAGCUCCACUUGGAAGCGAAUGUGAACCCUAUGCAAGAUGCUGCGCGGGAGAAUGACGUGGCCGCGUUGCAUGCGUUGCUCUCUUCCCAUGACGUUGAUGAAGUGGACCAGUACGCCCUCACGGCGCUGCAUUGGGCGUGCGAUGCUGGCAGCUACGAGGUGGCGGACGCCUUGUUACAGGCAGGGGCGGACGCGAACCGGGUCGAGGACCGCCACUUCAAGCGCCGGCCGGUUCAUUUUGCCGCCUUGAAAGGGUCCAAGGGCCUUCUCGAGCUGCUUCGGGAAGAGGGCGCGGCCGACAUGCACGCCACCGACGGCACCGGCAGAACCCCAUUGCAUUGUGCUGCACACAGUGGGUCCGUGGAGGCCGUCGCGUGGCUACUUGAUGUUGCUGACGCGGACGAGAUGGCCGUGACCUACGACCACCACACGGCCUUGGACGUUGCGACGCUCAACUACCAAUGGGAUGUCGUCAAGUACCUCGAGUCUCGCCACGACCACUACUCGCGUGACCAAGUCAAGCCACGAGACACAACAACGCCGUCACACCCCAUGCCGUGUAGCAGCAGUCGCCCCGAACUGGACGAAAUAAUGUCGUAGCUACUGCAUUCCAAGUGACUAUUAAUGUAGAUGGCCAGUUUAUGUAGACUCUGGUAAGGUGCACUCAAAUUGGCCAAAGGUCUUGCUUGAUGUAUGGAGAUG